GUCACAUGACACAUGCUAUCAUCUACUAAAGGACUCAAAAACUUCUCCUUCUCCUUCCACAUGAAACCCUCUGCUCCCAACCCUGCCUCCAGAAUUUAAGGUGGCAGAGAGAAGAAGAGAAGCACCAUUCUUGUGCUCCCUCCCUCUCUUUUACAUCCACAUCCACUCCCUGCCAUUUGGAUUCCUUACAGCUCCUUUUCUGUUACUACACAGCUCUUCUUUUCAAGCAAUUUGUUGACCAGUGAGUGAUCUCCAUGUGGUCCUUUUGUCCCCUUCUUCUUAUUCCCACUUCCCACAUAGUUUGGCUUAAUCCUCACUCCAUUGUCUAGUGUGCAAGCAAAGGCUUCCCACUCUGCUCUCUUCUCUUCCCUCCGUAGAUUAAAAAGAUUGAAACUUUAAUACAUCUUAUAAAUAAACAACUGCUAGAUCUGAUCUCACAAUUUUGUGAUAACAGGGUAGGCUUCGUGCUCUGUUUACUCUGUUUUUGGGAGAGGCAGGGGAAGUGAAGAAAAAGGGAAAGGCAAUAUUCAGAUAUCCAUCCAUGGGGAAGCUGAUGGGUUUUGGGAAGGUGUUCGACAGGCUCUGCUUAUCUCCAUCGUCAUCGCCGAGCUCAAACUCCUGCUUCUGCACGAAAUUCAUGGAGGCUGGUGACGAUGAUGAUUUGGGGGAAGUGUUUGAGCAGAAGGCGCCGUUGAUGUUGGGGAGUGUUGAGAAGAACAGCAGCAAAGUGGUGAGACUCAAAGAUGUUGUCUCCGUUAACCCGAAUCAAACUCUGGCAUUUCAACUCAAGCCCAAGAUGGUGAUUCUGAGGGUAUCCAUGCAUUGCAGUGGCUGCGCCAAGAAGGUUGAGAAGCAUGUUUCCAGGAUUGAUGGAGUGAGCUCAUACAAAGUAGACCUUGAAAGCAAGAGAGUGGUGGUGAUUGGAGACAUUCUUCCUUAUGAAGUGUUGGCUAGUGUAUCCAAGGUCAAGAAUGCUCAGCUUUGGAUGUAAUCUCCAUAGUAAUCUCCUCUUAAUCAUUCAUUAAUUAGCCUUCCCUCCAAUUCCCAUUUUGUUGUUAAUCGCAAGGGGAGGAGGCAAGUCCUAUAUAUAAUUAUGCUCUCUCUAUAUAUAUCUAUGAUAGAAAUGUUUCCUCUUGUAAAUGCAUCCAUAAUCCCAUUAUGUAAAAUUCAUCAAUCAGUGGAAUGGAAUUUGUGUUUGUUAUGGCAUUGUCAUAGUCAUAGAAUCUUUAUCGUUACCAUUUCGUCUCGUUUCGAAUAUGAACUAACACGUUUUUCGCUUUGUACCCAAAAAA